GUCGGUUAGAAAUGGCGUUUCGGAGCGGAUCUGUGUAUUAUAAGAGUAAUAGAGAAAUGACAGACGGUGACAGAAAGAAGUUUGUUUCGGUUUUCGAGCAGUGUGAUGUGGAAAACAAGGGUUACUUGUCCAGAGAAGAUUUAAAGAUAGCAGUCGUCAUGCUGUUUGGAUACAAGCCCUCAAAGUCUGAAACAAGUAUGAUGAUGGAGACUGGCACUGUACCAGACAGCCCAGGGGUCUCUGUGGAGCAGUUUGUGUCUCUCAUGGGGAGGAAGUUAUCAGCAGAGGACUCGUAUGAGAAGACCAGACAGAUCUUCAGCGCAUUCGAUGUACAUUGUCGUGGAUUCCUGAAGUUGGAGGACUUCAGAAGUGUGUUUGCACGUGUGGCUCCCCGCCUGCCUGAGCGAACUGUGCUGGAGGCUUUUCGACAUGUCGACCACGACUGGGAUGGACAUAUUAGCUUCAAGGACUUUGAAGACAUUAUCAGUUUUGCGCAGGCCAACAGCUGAGGUGCUGUGAGGAAAUGGAAAGUCUGUGGAAAUAAGCAGUAGGAGCUUAUGUUCAUCUGAAGCCAGUAAAUAUUCAUAGAUUUACUGUUUUGUUAUUUACACCUCUGGUAGCUUGUACCUGCAUUCUUUUGUGUAUACAAAUACUGACUGUAGCUCUUUAGCUAUGGAUAUUUGUCAGCGCCCUCUUACCCAAUCAAUCAAUGCAAAGGGCCAUUCUAGCUAUUCUUUGUAUAGUAAGACAUGGUAGUAAACAUGGUGGUUUUGUAAAAUACAUUUCUGAGGUGUUUCCACAUUAUCAUUCUGUAACUGUCACCAGAAAGCACUGGUACUGGUCCUGGAAAGAGAAUGUCACUGGGUUGUGGGCAUGUCUGGGUAAAAAAAAAUCAGAGCCAACAAACUGGGUCACUUUGCAAAAAAUCCUGAUUGCACUAUAAGACAAAGAAAAUUUCUGUUUAUUAAAAUGACUAAAAACUGUU